GCGCGCCUCUAACGGUCCGCGCCCGCCCGCCGCCGCCAGCGCGGGAGGAGGAUGAGGGAGAUGAAGCAGCGCAGGAAGAAGGAGCGCACGUGGGCCGAGGCCGCCCGCCUGGUGCUGGAAAACUACUCAGAUGCUCCCAUGACCCCAAAGCAGAUUCUGCAGGUCAUAGAGGCUGAAGGACUGAAGGAAAUGAGUGGCACCUCUCCCCUGGCCUGCCUCAACGCCAUGCUCCAUUCCAAUUCCAGGGGAGGUGAUGGGCUCUUCUACAAACUGCCUGGACGUAUCAGCCUGUUCACACUGAAGAAGGAUGCCCUGCAGUGGUCUCGAAACCUGUCUGUGCCAGAAGGGGAUGAACUGGAGGAUACAGCAGAUGCAGAAAGCUGCGAGUCCAAUGAAACAAGCACUGUGAGUGGUGAUAAUGAUGGUAAGUGUCUAAUAACAUUCACCUUAAGCUGCAAGUAUCUACUUCUGUUUCUGACCGAGGGCACGUCUGUUUCAGUGUCUCUUGAUGAAACCUCCUCUAACGCCUCCUGUUCCACCGAAUCUCAGAGCAAGGGACCCUCUACUGCCAGGGAGAGCAACAGAACAGCCUCACAGACAACCAAACAAAAGAGAAAGACAGGUGUAAUGUUGCCACGUGUUGUCUUAACACCACUGAAAGUAAAUGGGGCACACAUGGAGUCUGCAUCUGGCUUCACAGGAAGGCAUGCUGAUGGGGAGAGCAGCAGCACAUCCAGCAGCAGCAGCAGUUCUUUGGCUCUGUGCAGUGCCACCUUGCGCAGCCGAACAGAAAUAAACAGGGAUCCUCCACAGCUGCUGAGAGGUAUCCGAAAGCCCACAGCUGGGCAAAUGAAACGAAACAGGGGUGAGGAUAUUGACUUUGAAACACCUGGUUCCAUUCUUGUCAAUACAAACCUGCGGGCUCUGAUAAACUCCAGAACCUUUAAUGCACUCCCAUCGCACUUCCAGCAGCAGCUUCUUUACCUCCUUCCAGAAGUUGAUAGACAGGUUGGGGCUGAUGGGCUGAUGCGUCUCAGUGGCAGCGCUCUGAAUAAUGAAUUUUUCACCCAUGCUGCUCAGAGCUGGAGGGAACGCCUGGCUGACGGUGAAUUCACACAUGAAAUGCAAGUUCGAAUUCGGCAGGAGAUGGAGAAGGAGAAGAGAGUGGAGCAGUGGAAGGAGAAGUUCUUUGAGGACUACUAUGGACAAAAGUUGGGCUUGACCCAAGAAGAAUCCCAGGAGCAGAAUUUGGUGCAAGAAGAUGCCGAGAACAGGACAGCUCUGUCUGUUAAAGGAGAAACAAGGCUGCCACGUGGUCCUUCCACACGGCAGAGGGAUGGGCACUUCAAGAAGCGCUCCCGGGCCGACCUGCGAUGCAGAGCCAGGAGGAGCCUGUACAAACUGCGUGAUUCUGAGCAAAAAGAGGCUUCCAAAGAGACUGCUUCUGUGGGACCGGAUUCCUCUCUUCAUAAAGACACAAAGUCUGAGGUGGACCUGAAGAAAGAUGAGCUGACGAGUGCUUCUGCUGCAGUACUGAAGCCAGAGAAUUCAGAAUUGCAUCUCUCUCCAGAGACUUCCAAAUUGCACAGUAAAUCGGAAGAUCUGUCAUUGGCAACUACAAACAGAAUUCCCUGUUUGUCCCAGGAGAGCUCUGCUCGGGAACCAAAGGACCAGAAGAGGAAAUGCUUUGAGGAGGCUGCCUCUGCCUCCUUCCCCGAAAAGAAGCCCCGGCUUGAAGAUCGUCAGUCCUUUCGUAACACAAUUGAAAGUGUUCACUCAGAAAAGCCACAACCUACUAAAGAGGAGCCAAAAGUCCCACCCAUCCGGAUUCAACUUUCACGUAUUAAACCACCCUGGGUGGUUAAAGGUCAGCCAGCUUACCAGAUAUGCCCCAGGAUCAUCCCCAACACGGAGCCCUCCGCCCGGGGCAGGAGUGGGGCCAGAACUCUCGCAGACAUUAAGGCCCGUGCUCUGCAGGCCCGAGCCCAGCGAGAAGCUGCUGCAGCCGCCAUUGGUGGUGGGGGUGGCCCCGGCGGAGGGAGAAACACUGAGGGAGGUGGAGGAGAACGCAGCAGCCAUCGCAGACGCAGGAGAUCAAAGAGAACUCGUCGAAAGCGCUCGUCAGAUCUACAGCGAACACAACUACUCUCGUCUCUCCGUCUGAAUGGAGAGAAGGCCAGCUCUGAGGCGGCCGCACAGGCAGCCAGCACAAAUUCUUUUGCCUCCUCAAAACAAGACUCCUUUUCUUCAAAGACUGAGGGAAGUGGUGUUCUGGAAUGCGCCACCGGCGCUGGCUCAGGGGAAGCUCAGUCCGGUGAUGGCUCACCUGGAGGGCAGUGCUGUGAUGUUCUGACUGCGUCAGGGUUGGACAGCACGGCUUUGGAGAGGCCAGAGGAGAGCCCUGAGCAGCUCUUCUGCGAUGCGAGGACUGAAUCCUCAUCAUGUGCUGCGUCACAGGAGGGGCAGAGCACAGAGGUGACACACGUGGUUCCUCCCGCAGUUGAUCUGUCAUGUCCUCAGGCGCAGGGAGCUGAGAUUGGUCCUGCAGGAGGCAGGAUUGUGUCAGAACUCAGAGAUGUUGGUAUUCCCACUGUACAGUUGGAUUAUCCUUCUGAUGUAAAGGAAAAUUCCACCAGUCAUCCUGCUCUUCUGCCAGAGUUGCCAUCAGGUGGUAAAGAAUGCCAUGAGCCGAAAGUGAUAUCGAGAUUUAGAUUUAAUGGCUCCGAAACAACAUUCGUGGAACAAUGCAUGAAAAAUUAUAGUGGUGACUCCAAAAUAGUGACUGCUGGAGCACAGGAAGGAGUGCCUGCACUGUGUAACUUCACACACCUGCAGGCAGGGAGAGAGAAUAAUGGCAAACUGAGCAGUGAGGAACAGAAUGCAGAAUCUCUGUUGAAAUCUUCCUCUUUAUGUGAUGGCUUUGUUUCUCAGAAUAGGAUAGAUACCUCUGAACAACUGAGGGAGAGGCGCCCCGGAACAGAAUCAGAAGAUGAGUGCCAGCCAUUGAGAGAGACUCGAGAGUUCAAAGCAAAUGGAGAUGAUGAAGUACAGAGUACACACAGUGAAUCAACAGAUACUGCUUCGGAUUUUGAAGCUGACGUGGUUGAUGAGAAUAUGGAGAUGGAGAUCUGUUACAGAAACCUCAGCUGUAGGGAGGUAGCUAGGAAGGGCUCCUUCUGUCAGAGCAGCACUGAGGAAUGUGAUAAAAUUAGUUCAAAAUCAUCUCUGGAAGCAGGUGAUCUGCCCUGCGUUGUGGACUUCUCUUCAGUGGCCACGGUGAGCACUGCACCUCCACCUCAGAGGUGGGAACUGCAUGCACCAUUGCCCCCAAAGGCUGAGAGGCCAUCAGGUUCUGCUCAGUCCAUAUCCUCUGAUGCCAGCAGCCCUUUGGUGAAGCAGCUGCUUAAGGGGAACCGUCUGCUGGAAGAGGUUCUCCCAGUAUCUCACGCCAACAUCAAGGUCGAAGGUGCACAGCCACCUCUAGACAAGCAGUCAGAAAGCCUCCCCAUGCCAAUGGAGAGGGGUAGCAAUUGCUAUUUUGGUAAAGAAUCUUGCCCAGAUGUGCAGAUAAAGACGAGUGCCCUAACCAGGAGUGAUGACUUCCACCCAGUGAGAUCUUCUGUAGAUCCCCAGGAGAAGACAUGUGGGUCAGGAGCAGCAUUGCCUACAGUGGAGGGUAUGGAGAAUCAGCCCGUUCCAGAAAAACAUUCCAAAAUUGGCUUAACCUUAAGCUGCCAAGAUCAACUGGCAAAUGUGGCAAAUGCCUCUCAGAAGCCUGAAGACACGAGCCCUCGGGAAAGAACGUUUUCUUCCUGUAGCUUUGAAGAGCGAAAAGAAUUGUCUAAGGUCCAUCGGGUGCCACAGCAUAACUCAUUAACAAAUGUCAUCACAAAUCAAAGUCCUGAGAAGCCGAACCUGACUCCAGAGCCUCCGUUUUUAUCUCCAAACGUAGAUUCUCUUGGCCCAGAUCAGAUGGGGAAUACAUCUGUCAAUCAAAACUAUGUUGGAGUUCAAGGCAAAAAGCUUUUUGGUUCUGGUUUUCCUUGCAACCCCAGCGUUAGGCUACAUCACUCAAGGGCUUCAGAUCAGGUUUCAGCCAUGGGAGCCUUGGCCCCGAGCAAACAGAUUCCUGUGACCAAAAGCUGUGCGUCUGCAGAAGGAAUGCCGGCUGCAAGGGAAGAGUGGACUUCAAAGCAGCAUGUGAACACCCUGGGAGGAAUAAAAAAUGAGAACGUGUUGGCAUGUGGCAGCCCAACCAAGAACAGUGGGGAGAGCCAGAAGGAUGCAGCACCAAACCCUGCAGAGCUGAGGGAGCAUUCACAGAGUGUUCCUCUGAUGAUGGACUUGCCGUUCCUGAAGCUUUCAAGGGAAGCGGGAAAAAGACACAAUCACCCUUUGGAGCCUUCUUCCAUACCCUCUCAGUUCAAUAUCAAACAAGCGUUUUAUGGGAAGCUUUCUAAGCUGCAGCUAAAUUCCACCAGCUUUAAUUAUUCAUCCAGCGCUCCAGCUUUUCCCAGAAGCCUUGCUGGAAGCAUGAUGCAGCUAACCCACAAAGCGAACUUUGCUGCAAACCAUAACACGUCCCUCUCUGUGCAGAUGUUUGCUGAUAGCAGCAGCGUUGAAGAAAUAUCGUUCAAGUGUUCGUGCAGCCUUAAAGCCAUGAUAAUGUGUAAAGGCUGCGGGGCGUUUUGUCACGAUGACUGUAUAGGACCCUCUAAGCUUUGUGUAUUGUGCCUUGUGGUGAGAUAAUAAAUUAUGGCCAUGGGACAGGUUGUAUAUUCAGUGUGCGUAUUUUGAUAACGACUGAUCCUAAACCUGUACACAGAAUACUAUUCUGUUUAUAGUAGAAAUGCUAUUAUACUUUGUUUCGGUGAGGAAAGUUGACUCGCCUUCCCACUGAAAUCUACAGUGCAAAACCCUUCCUUGCUCACGACGACACUCCGAUUUCUGUGGGCUGCGCCCCACUGGAGCCAAUCCUUCUGCUUUGUGCUAUCAUGGACGUGCUGGCUGUGCCCUGGGAUGUGUGCUGAAGCUGACACCUGGCUGGGAGGCACUUUGUUGUGGCAUCCGUGGACCCUCCGGAGAGGAGACCUCUACAUCCAAAGGAACUGGAACAGGGUGUGUUCUAUUUCAGGGCUGCUCUAGGUUAGCCCCUACAGUCUUCCACUCUCCCCUUCUGCCAUCUCCGUGGUUGGUUGUGUGCUGAGCACAGCAGUGCAGGCAGGACGCAGAUGCCUCUGCAUGGUCUCCGGUGCUGUGGUUGGACGUGGUGAGCAGUGAAGCACCCUGCAGUUGGAGCUGCGAGAAGAAAAAUAGGCAGCACGUGCCAAGGGAAUGGCUCCUGCCUUGCAGGAUAUGCGUGGCUUUGGGUUGCCCAGCUGAACUCUGGCACCAGCUGAGGGCUGAGGCUGCUGCAGCCUCCUCGUAGCACACAUCCGUGCAGGAAGGCUCUGAAAAGCUCAGUGCAUGGCCAGCAGCCAUCUGUGCAUUGCAGCCCUGCAGUGAGGACCUUACCGUGACAGCAUCUGACCACUUGCAAGUGUCUAGCUGUGCAUCUGUGUGACGAUCAUCUUAACAUUUAAAGCAGUGUUUUUUCAUUAUUUUUUUUAUAUAUAUUUUCAUUCUUGGAUGUAUAAAGUGAAUUAUUUGGCUCCUGUAAGUAUCCUCUAUGCAUCUGUUUCAUCAUGUAUUUAUAUGUUGUACACAGUACUGGCCAACUCUGUAAAUGGAUGUAAUGUACAUAGUACAUAAAGGGUUCUUUUUUCCUUGGA